AUGAAGUGCCCUGGACCUCCAGAGAGCUCCAGACUUGACUCCUUCCUGGAAAAUGCCUUAGCCAGAGAGGCUAGGAUUUGGAAAGUGCCUAUUUUCCAGGUUCCAGCUGUCUCUCCCCCUCAGGGCACGGACAUCUCUCUGUGGUGCUACAAGAAAGCAGUGCUGUGGAUUGCAGAGACAAGCUCCCAGUUCCAGUUUCACCCUGAGACGUUUGCCUUGGCUGCCAGCAUCUUUAACCGGAUGCUGGCAUCAGUGAAGGCCCAAAUAAAACAUCUUCAGUGCAUUGCAAUUUCCUGCCUUGUCCUUGCAGCAAAAACCAGUGAAGAAGAUGAGGCAGUGCCAUCGGUGGAGAUGCUCGCAGUGCAGAGUGGUUGUAAAUGCUCUCCAGCUGAGAUCUUGAGAAUGGAAAGAAUUAUACUAGAUAAGCUUCACUGGGAUCUUUACACAGCAACACCAAUGGAUUUCUUAAACAUUUUCCAUGCCAUGGUGAUGUCCAACUGGCCCCAGCUACUAGCAGGGCUGCCUCAGAGGAAUCCUUCUCGCCACGUUGCGUUCUUGACCAAACAGCUACAGCACUGUAUGGCCUGCCACCAGCUAGUGCAGUUUAAGGGCUCCACGCUGGCUUUGGUGAUCAUCACCUUAGAGCUGGAGAGGCAGACUCCUGGUUGGUUUGCUGCUAUGACUGAUCUGCUAAAGAAAGCACAGGUUGACAGCACUGAAUUCAUCUACUGCAAAGAGCUGGUGGCCCAGGAGCUAACCUGCUUGCUGCCAGUCAAUGCUGUUUACAUUUUCUAUCCCCUCAGCCAAGGCACCCAGGGCCACCCCAGGCCAAGGCUACCCCACCCCAACCCUUCUGGAGUGAGGAGUUCCCACCAGCCUUAA